AAGCGUGAGCAUGGGCCUAGUUGUGUGCGUGCCAGAAGUUGGUGAGGUGAAUAGAUGUGCGCGUUCAGUGUAGUGUUAGUUUGGCUGGGCGAACGCGUCUUUGAGGGUCGCCCGUCGUCGCCAAAUCAUUUAUUAUAAAUUUAUCAAAUAACGUGCACCGCCACUGUGAUUCGCAAUCAAAGGUACUUUUUUAUGUGACGAUUUACAACCGUUGGCAACAGUUGAAGUUGAAGUAAGCGACAAUUCAGCGUCUUCAAAAUGGCUUGGCGAUUCAAAGCGUCGAAAUACAAAAAUGCCGCGCCUAUUGUUCCGAAACCGGAAAACUGCGUUCGGGAUAUUUGCAUUGGCUCUUAUCAAACGUACGGUAACAACAUUACGACCUCCGCUAAGUUUAUGGCCUUCAACUGGGAACAUGCCGGCUCCAGCUUGGCAGUUCUGCCGCUGGACGAUUCUGGACGCAAGUCGAAAUUAAUGCCACUGCUUCACGCCCAUUCGGAUACCGUCACCGACAUGGACUUUUCCCCAUUCCACGACGGCCUGUUGGCAACCGGAUCUCAAGACUGCUCCGUAAAAAUUUGGCACAUACCCGAAGAAGGCCUGCUGGAAUCCUUGCUAAACUCUGAGUGCGCCUUUUCGCACAAACAGCGCCGGGUCGAAACAGUUGGCUUCCAUCCAACUGCCAAUUAUUUAUUGCAUUCCACUUCAUACACUACCAUUACGCUGUGGGAUUUGAUGUCGCAGCAGGAACUGUUUUCGAAUUCGGAUCACGGGGAUGUGGUACAGUCGAUCAGCUGGAAACGCGAUGGAACUUUGAUUGCUUCCUCAGCGAAAGAUAAGCAAGUGCGUAUUAUCGACCCGCGCACUAAAACGCCUUGCAUCAGCACCGCCAACAGCCAUCAGAGCAUCAAGGAUUCCAGAAUUGUCUGGUUAGGUGACACUAAUCGAAUCCUCACUACCGGUUUUGAUGCGCAGCGUUUGCGGCAAAUUAUAAUUCGAGACGCGCGAAACUUCGGAGAAAUUGAGAAGAGCUUGGAAUUGGAUUGCUCUACGGGUGUAUUAAUGCCGUUGUACGAUGCCGAUACCGGAAUGCUCUUUUUAGCCGGUAAAGGCGACUCGACGAUUGCUUAUAUGGAAGUGACGGAUAAGGAGCCGUACUUAAUUGAAGGGAUCCGGCACUCUGGCGAGCAAACAAAGGGCGCUUGUUUGGUGCCAAAACGCGCGCUGAACGUGAUGCAGGGCGAGGUCAACCGCAUCAUGCAGUUGACGAGCAAUUCUGUGAUACCCAUCACGUAUCAGGUGCCGCGGAAAACUUAUCGCGAUUUUCACGCUGAUUUGUAUCCGGAUACUCCUGGCUAUUCCAGCAAAUUGUAUCCCGAACAAUGGGUUAACGGCAGCAACGCACAAUUGGCAAAAAUAUCAUUGGAUCCAUCUAAACGCGAAAAUGGAGAAAAUCCCAUUAUUGUGCAUAAGGGUGCAUUGGAGAAGUUAAAGCAAGAUUAUCUGAACGAAAUGAACGAAACGAAAAAGGCGCCAGCGCCCAAGAUGAGCCAAGAGAAGGAGAAGGAGGUGAUGAAGAACGAGCUGAACAAUUCGGUGAAAGACGCCAUUAAAGAUUUCGGCAAGGUGAAACCACUUGACAAUAAAUACGAGGCCGAGAAGGUGAACGUACUAAUAAAAAAUAACGAUUAUAUAAACGGGCAGAAUCAAACUAACAAAGCCGUCGAGCAAGCGCCCGAAUUACCGCCGAAGCCUUUGCCGAGAACUUCGCGCUCGGGAUCGGUUGCCGAUCCAGCCGAAGAGCUGCCUCCCAAACCCGUUGCUAGACCGCGUACUAACAGUUGUGCUCCGGUUGUAACUUCUGUUAACCCUAAUAUGCCUGUUGCUGGCGGAUAUAAGCCACGCUUGGGACCAAAACCAUUUUCCGCGCCAAAGUUUGCCGAAUCCGAAGCGUUCGACAAAGUAUUUUCUGUACCAGCUGCCCCUGGUAGUAAUGGCGUGCAUGCUGAAUCAGAAGCAGAACCGGAGCCCGAAGUAUCUCCGCCGCAAUCUAUGGAAGCUGAGGAUUCAACAACGCCCAUCGAAAAUGUCGUUGAUGAUCAAGUGGACUUGUGCAAGCAAGCCGGAGCGAUUGAGUUACGUAAAUCACCGGAGGCUGGUGAUAUGGAAAGUGACGAAACUGAAAAGUCUCUCAGUAUUUCCGAGCGUCGAAAGAUGUAUGAACGCUCUCAGUCGAACAUGGAUGGUAACACUGUCGAAAAACCUGAUGGUAGUCCAGUGAUGAUGAAACGCAAAGAUUCAUUCAAAAAUCGUAAAAACGGCGAUGUAAAAGAAGAGCCUAGAAAAUCCAUGACAAAACAAUUGAGUUAUGAUCCUCAAGCAGCGCGCAAAUCAGAAGCUGCCGCUCCCAAAAGAACUUCGACCGUUUUUGGGCGAGUUUCUAAAUUUAGACACUUGAAGGGUACUCCUGCACAUAAGUCGUUCCACAUAGAGAAUGUACGCAAUUUGAGUCGUCAAAUUUCUGGAGAAUGUGAUGGAUUUCACGCCAAUUCUGCACGUGUUGCUGUGCCGCUUAGCGGACCAGGUGGGAAAAUCGCAAUCUUUGAGCUGUCGAAGACAGGCAGGCUGCCAGACGGUGUAAUUCCCACAUUGGUGCAAGGCAGCAAUAUAAUGGACUUCCAAUGGGAUCCGUUUGAUAAGCAACGUCUUGCCGUAGCGUGCGAUGACGGCAUUAUUAAAUUAUGGAUUGUUCCGGAGAGUGGAUUAUCUGAACCCACCAACACUCCUGAACAAGAAUUUAACGCACAUUCCGAUAAAAUCUACUUUAUUAAAUUCCAUCCCACAGCUAAGGAUGUCUUGGCUUCGGGAUCUUUCGAUAUGACAAUCCGAUUGUGGGAUCUUACCACAUUGACUGAGAAAAUAGUGCUCAAGGGUCAUACGGAUCAAAUGUUUAGUUUUGCAUGGAGCCCAUGUGGAAACUUUUGCUCUACCAUGUGCAAAGACGGAAAAAUCCGUCUAUACAAACCACGCAGUUCAGAUGUACCAAUCAGGGAGGGUAAAGGCCCUGUUGGUAACCGCGGAGCUAGACUUGUCUGGGCACUAGAUGGUAACUUUAUUGUUGUGAUGGGAUUCGAUAAAGUGUCUGAAAGGCAAAUCAUGGUCUUCAAAUCGAGUGAUUUGAAUAGUCCGCUUAAUACAAUUGGCCUGGAUGUAUCUCCCGCAAUUUUGAUUCCAUUUUAUGACGAGGAUAGUUCUACUUUGUUUUUGACCGGAAAGGGCGAUACCACUAUUUAUGCAUUUGAAGUAACAGAAGAGUCUCCUUAUAUCUGCCCACUGAGCCAUCACAGAUGCAAUACUCUUCAUCAAGGUUUGUCAUUCCUUCCCAAGAACGUUUGUGAUGUACAAACUGUCGAGUUUGCGAAAGCUUUACGGCUCACCAACAACGCCAUAGAACCGUUGUCGUUUACUGUACCCAGAAUUAAAACCGACUUAUUCCAAGAUGAUUUAUUUCCACCCACCAGUGUGACAUGGACUCCAACUUUAAGCAGCAGUGAAUGGUUUGCUGGGAAAGACAAACCUGUUCCAAGAACAAGUCUAAAGCCUGAAGGGAUGGAGAAUUUGUCUGAUUGUCAAGGACAACCGACAGUUGAGAGAACGAUUAAUAAAUCCGCGUCGCAACCAUUUAUUGGCGGAUCUCACUCUAAUAAAUUCGGAAUUAACGCCGAUAUUUAUGGAUCAGCGAAAUCUAAACAAAAUGAGAUAUCAAAGUCGGUUAGUAAUCGAAUGGAAGUGAAUAUGAAGUUGGAGCAAGAUGAAAUGGAAGGUGUAGAUGAGAAAGAAUGGGACGAUUAAAGUCGGUAACAACUUGCAUUAAUUUGUAUUUCCAACUAACAUUUAAUUUCAAUUCUGUGCAUUUCUCCUCGUCACGUUAUGACGGCGCAAAGGUAUUUUUACACCUUUCUAUGGCAUUUUAAAACAAUUCUCAAGUUUGGUUUGCUAGAACCGAAUUGACAUUAUAACAAUGCUACUCAUUUUAAGGAUUUAUACAGCUCUUUAGAGUAUAUAAAUUUAUUUUCGAUUUAUACACUCGACGUUUUUUAUAUUGACGCGUCUAGUCCUUCUUUUUACUAUUCAAGCUUGAUAUGUAUAACAAACAACUCGCAGUCGAAAACUAGAUACCAAAUGAUUAAUUUUUUGAAGCAUUUACAUUUACUACGAGUCAUACAUGGCCAUAUAGAUUUGUAUGAUGGUGCCAAAUAUCGCAAAACAACCCGUGCUCAAUCUUCGCUUAUUUGGCACAAGGAAACGGAACGGAUGAACAAUAUUUUGAACCUUUUUUUAGUCAUUCCAGUGCUAUAUUUUUUAUCAAUUGUUUUAUUAAGUGAUGAUAUUUAUCUAGCAUAAUAUUUAUUUAUUGUAUUAGUGGAAUUGUGUAUUUGUAUCUGUGAACUUCUUUUUUAUGGUAAAACAUUCCGUAAUAAAAUUAAUUACCAUAUAUUUUUAAUGUACUUCUAAGCCCCGAAUUUGUUCAAUCAUUAUUCCGUUACGGCAUUUAUUACAUCACAUUCACUUGGAAUUUAUAACGAUAUUUAUCUGUCACAUUUUCUUGCGUUUAACAUUAAUUUUCUUAUAUUGAUGAUGGAUUUAAGUAGAAAAGUUAUGCAUGCCAUGUAAAAUGCUAGUUAUUAGUCAUAAUGACUAAUGAGAAUGCAUUAAUUACCAAUAUGCCAAAAUGUUCAAUAUAAAAGACCGAAAAAGUUUUUUCAGUGAUUACUGUACAACACAUUGCUUCAUAACAUGUUUGCAUUUUCAUUGUUGCUAUUUGCUGUUUGCACUGUUACAGCACAAAUUCCAAACGGUAAUGUGGACAUAAAUUUGAGAGUGACUUUAUCACAGCUAUCUAGUUAUGCCGCAACUGAAAAGGACCGCGCUGAAGAAAGCUUCAAGAUUAAGUCGGAUGAUUUCCAGAAAUAUCUGGAGACCAAUAGAAACCAAUUGGAUAAACGCAUGAAGCAGAUUCAGAAGGAAUUGAACAAAGCACCAAAAGCUUGUAGGGAUAUUUCAGGUACUAUUAACGACAACUACCAGAUUAUUACCAACAAUUUGGAGGAUAUAAAGAAAACCGAUGUUGUGGCAAUGCUGAAAACUGGCAAGGAAGUGUCUGAAGUUUUAAAAGAGAUGGAUGAAAAUGCCGCCAACGCUAAGAAAGUGUACCAAAAAUGCCCAGUUGCUUGUUUAGGAUAUAUUGGAAAAGUAAAUACUAUUCAAGGAUAUAUCGGUGGUACUCGAGAAAAGUUUAGAACUGCUCUUAAUGCAAAUUUUGAUAGUUUAAUGAUGCCGGCUACUGAUCGUCAUAAUUUUGCUGAAAAAAUGUUAAAUAAAUACGAAGCUGAUAUUGGUAAAUGCAUUGCUUCCUCAAAUUAGAUGAAUAAUAAAUAAUUAAACUUUG